AUACGCUCUUCGUUUCACUCCGUCCGUGCUUCACUCUACUUACGGCUGACCCUGUUCGUAAUAAUUAAUGGCGUUAGACCAGGCGAGCGCAUGGCGAGCGCGCCGAGUGGACUGGUCAUGCCUGGCUCCGGCGAUAAGUACGCGGACGAAUCCUUCCUUCGUCCGCGACUAUUGCCACGCUGCUUCGCGUUAUUAAACAAUCUCCGCGUGCGCACAAUUGAGCACGCCUCGUAAUUAACGGCGUCGGUGUAAUUAACGGCGUUAGCGCGCAUGCAGAUCGCUCGCGGGAGAAGGGAUUUGCCCACCCAUCGGGCGCGGCAGACCAGAGAGAGAAAAAGAAAGAGAGGGAGAGAAAAAGAGAGAGAGAGAGAGAGAGAGAGAGAGAGAGAAGAAACAGUCCCUAAUUGAUCAUUAACACGACGAUCCAUCGAUCUUUUUCCUUUCGCUCGUGACUCGGCCGGGAUAUUACGUUAUUGUAUACACGGUCCCCGGUCGCGCGACCCGAGAGACCCGGAACAACCUUUUGAUAAAUCGCGACGAGUCAUGAGGCACACAUACACACACGAUCGGAAAUUCUCGAGUCCACCCAUCGGGUGGCGACGAGUCUUCCUUCUAUAGCCUCAAUGUGCAGCGAGACGAUGUGAUUGAAAAUAUUCGAAAGUCAUAUACAUGCACACGCACCCGAACUAUUACCCGAGCGAGUUUGACACGCGAACAAACGGAAUACAGGAUCAUAAAUUAUUAAUCGCGAUCCUAACGAGAUCUCUAUCAGAUUAAAAAAAAAAAUUCCCAAAUGCACGAAGAACGCAGGAAAUUAAGUUUUUUUUUUUUACAGCUAGCUCGCUCUUCAGCUUCUACUUGGAAAAAAUUCCAGAAAACUUGUAUUUCAAAGGCGAAUUGAAUUAAACAGAUUACGCAGCCGGUGAACCUUGACCGACGACGACGACGACGACGCCGCGAGCAUGUGCGUGACUGCAAGAAUGCGCGCACGCAGGAGACGAUGCGUGAUGUCCCGGUGACGACGAUCACGUGGAUACCACACGCACGCGAGCACGCGCACGCACGAAUUCACUACGUACGCGUAGCCGAGAGAGAUCAAAGACAGCUCCUCUGAUGUUGAUGUCGCGAUGAAGCUGGUCCCGAUUAUCCUGUCAUGGGCGACGGCCAUGGCCGGCUGGCUGGGCCCGGCAAGCGGAAUCACGGCGCGGGCCCCGCGCUCUCGGGACUACGAGCUCUCGACGGAGUUUUUCCUGGUGCCGUCCGAGAUCGGGCACGGUCUGGCGAGCGUGGCGAGCGUCAUCAGCGUGCCCGCGCCGAACCGGACAAUUACCGUUUUCAGAACGCCCCCGGGCGUCAAAAAGAGCCAGGAGGUGGAGAUGCGACCGACCCCCAAGUCCCUGCUCAAGCAACGACCCUGGGCGCUGCCGCUCGCCGCGCUCAGCGCCGCGGCGAUGCUCCUCAUGGCCGGGUUCGAGGUCUUCGUCUUGUUCAAGGCCAGAACAACAGCGCCUAACAGACGACACUUGUUUCUGGGCCAGGCACUGCUUUUGGGCCUGUUCCUCCUGGCCGGUCUCUCGGCCGCGGCUUCCCUCAGCCAAAAUCCGCUGUCAUGCGCAGCUUUCCGGUUGGUGGGUCUGCCGGCCGCCCUCGUGUUCGCCGCUCUGCUGGUUAAAUGCGUCUUUCUGCUGUCGCUGAACAGCGGCGUAUAUCUUCCGGCGCCUUAUCAGGCGCUGGUGCUGGUGUUCGCGGUGCUGGUGCAGGUGGCCAUUGUCGGGCAAUGGUUUUACGGCGAACCACCUGCGGUGAUCCAGGUGCAGCAGCAGCAGCAGCAGCAGCAGCAACAGCAGCAACAACAACAACAGCAAGGCGCGGGCCAAAGCUCACCGGCGUCCACCAUCUCCUGCAAGACUCCGCUCGGACAGAUAGUGGCUUCCCUCGGCUAUCCCGGAGCGUUACUGGUGGCAGUGACCUGUUUAGCCGUACGAGCGCGCGGUGUGCGCGACAAUAACCGAGAGGCGGCCUUCAUCGGGCUGGCGGUGGGUCUCUCGCUCCCGAUCUGGAUCUCCAGCGGGAUCGGUUCGUUCGCGGCCGGCAGCGACAGCGAUCGGGAGGCCUGGCUCGCCUACGGGCUGCUGGCCACGUCGCUCUUCGUCUUCCUCACGAUGUUCCUACCGAAGGGACGCCAACUGGCCGCUCUGGGUCGCGAGGGACCGGCCGCCGUCAUCCGCGACCGCGACGACGCCCUCAGCUCCCUCCCCGGCAGCGGUUACUCGCCCUCGUUCUUCCACUUCAAGCCCGCGGAAACGUCCUUGAAGAGGAAGAUGCAUUACCACAGUGCGGAUCGAGUCGCACUGGUCUCGUCCGGGAUACCCGGAUGCAGCGCCUGCAGGCACGGAGGAAGUCCCAUAUACUCGGACGAUAUGCACGGACCAAUGGAGACGUUCGUGUUGCCGCCCGGUAUGUAUUUGAGGCCGGAGGACACCGGGAAUCUGUACACGACCCUGUCGGCCAACCCCAACGUGUUCUUCCAGAGAGCUCAUCCCGGAAUGAUGUACUGAGCGCGAACUGAAAUCUCGUCGCGCAAGUCUCGUCGCGUCGAUAUUUCUUAUAUACGACAGGGCUCAAUUUUGUACUUAGAUUACAGCUUUGUGACGAGAGAUUGUUCUCUCUCGUUGUUAUGUAAAUAAUCGUCGUCGAGAGACCUUACGAAUUCAGGAAAAAUACUGAAUCCUAUUAACUGUUUUUGUAACAAGAAUAAGAUAAUUAUUAAAAAGAAAAAGAAAGAGAGAGAGAGAGAAAGCGGAAACGCGCGUAUGUGUGCGUGUAUGAAUUUCGAGAGAAAUAAUACGCAUAUGCAAUUAUAAUUAUUAUAAAAAAAAAAAAACAAUGAAUGUGUGUAACUGACGCGGAAGACGCGCUAGCUAAGGUGUGUGCGAAUAAUAAACGUAUAUGUAAUAAAUUUUUUUUUA